ACAAACAUAUUAUUCCCACUAGAUAUAUUCAAACAAUCAUCUUUAGGACUUGUUUCAGGUCUUCGCUCUUGUAUGUCAAGUUUGCAUGUUGUUUCUAUUGAUUAUUUUGUAUGGCUCUGAUGUAACCCCCGACCCCUCCUUAAGAAAGGUCGUAUUUAUUGCAGACCUUCGAUUGCUUUAGACAGUUCAGUCAUUCAUAUUAUUAUGUCCAUUCCCUAAACAGGACUUUAUAAAUCAUUAAGCCAUGAACUUCUAAGCAAUUUAGAGAAAUCUGAGAAAUUUAAGACGUCGAAAAAAAUCAGUAUUCCCUGUUUUCCAGUGAAGUACAUUCCUCUCUGUGCCUCUCUCUCUGUUUCACUGUCUCUAUUACUCCCUAUCGUCAUUUUAUUUUCUCUCUCGUCUCACAUUCUCAUUAACACUGCUGCCCUGUUGGCUCUUUGCCUCCUCUGUUACCCUUUUUAUGCAGCUGCAGAGUCACUUCUUUUCGUUUGCUCAAUUCAUCCCCCAUUGUAUAAGAUGUAUGAAAGUAACGGGGUCCCGGAGACAUCCAAUUAAACGCACAAUGCAUUCUUUUUUCACAGCUCCCCCUCCCUGCUGUCUCCCAAAGCCCUUCAGAUUAUAUAACAGCUCAGUGUCAACGGAGCCAGCCUGUGGAGGACAAGUUAAGGGGGUCUUCGCCAGUGAUGCAGCUCAGCAACUCUGGACUUUCCCCAGCAGCUUGCGUACUACCCCUCACUCCUCCUCCUUCUCCUCCUCCUCCUUCUUCCUCCCUUUGCCAUAUCCACCCACCCAUCCACCCACCAGCCCACCCUCUCCCUGCCUUUCUUAUACACACAUACACACAUACACUCAAUCACGAAUGCACAGGGAUUGCAGCAACAGCAGCAGCACCGCGAGAUGGAGAUCUCCGCUGCAUGUGUGAGUGCCUGUUCCCGCUGUCACUGCACCGGCUGCCUCUCUCUCUGUCCUCCCGCAGCCAGUGAGAGCUGCUCCAGUGGCUGGACGGUACCCCGGCACCUAAUGAAUACAUGGAUGAAAACUGGCUCUACUGUGGAUCUGUGCUUUCUUGUCCUUUGCACCUCUGAUCUGUUUCUCAAGGAAAUAUGGUGAGCAAAGAGGACACCAAAUGCGUUGUUGUCUCAAAUUCAGAUGAAUCAGAUUCAGAGACAUGCCCAUCACACAGCCUCGAUGCGCAGUCUGGACCAGAAUCAGGCAAGCAGCAAGUCAAGAAGAGAAACAAGGCCUUACAAGUGCGUUUUAAGGAUAUCUGUGAUGCUCAGAAUGAGCAUCGGGGUAAGCGCUCCAGAUCCAUUUCCUGUAAAGUGACACACAGAAAGUACAUGACCAUGCCUGCCAGACGCUCUAUUCCAAACGUGACCAAGAGUACUGGUGUCCAGACGUCGCCGGACCUCACUAAGCGAUACAAGACUUUUCCUUUUGAGAGGAAAAAAGGACAUACGUUUAAACACACUGCUUUGGUGGAAGAUUACAGAGGGCAAAACAAUGGUUUUUUGAGUGAUAUAAAGGCUGGAGGAGAGGAUGGACAAACCACUGGGGAGUCCUCUAAGUACAAGGGUAAGAUCGUGGGGCAGACAAAAGCGUUGCUUCACCACACUGAUGACAGCAGUGAAACAGAGGAUUUGCUUUCUAGUGCUAACUGUGUGGAUGGACCCUCUUGUCCAGACUCUUCACAUUUCUCGGAAGAGUGCCAUCCACGUAGCUCUCCUUUCAACAGAGAAACAGAGUACCAGGUUUGUGGGACAAGUACCAAACACAAAGGAUUACCCAAAGAAGACAUGGAAGCUGGCACUUCCUCAAAGCGCCAGCUGGCUAACUCUGAGUUUUCACAGGACAAGUCAAAGGGCACUGGCCCUGUUGCUUGGAACUCGCUGACACAGGUGGAGUCUUUAGGAAGCCCGUCUGUGAGCUGCAAACGGAAAAAGGGUACACAGCUAAACGAACAGCAGUCACAGACACUUCCCCAUAGCGCCAAAUGUUCUGUGCAGUCACAAGGGCAGUGUCGGACAAGGCAUAUGUCAGCCUCCUCUAAACUCCAGCAAACAGUUGGGGGGGAUGAGGGCUUUCCUCCAGGAGACAAAAGAGCCCCAGGCAUGGGGAGCAGCCAGCAGAUAAUGCCCUUAUCUGGAGACAAGGAUAUCAAAGCACAGCUGCAGGCCAUGGAGAGUCUCAUCAGCUCAAGCCAGGAGACCAUCAAGGUCCUGCUUGGAGUUAUUCAGGAGUUGGAGAAAGGUGAAGCACAGAGAGAGGGGCUCUCCUACCGAACAGGACAAGACACAGCAAAUUGUGACACUUGUCGAAACAGCGCAUGCAUCAUUUACAGUGUCGAGCUGGAUUUCAAGCAGCAGGAGGACAAGCUACAGUCCCUGAUGAAGAGACUUUGCCCCCUGGACAGUCAACAAUGCCCCGCUCUGCCUUACUCCAAUGAAGUGUUCACAUCCACCCCAAAACGCAAGUCCAAGACAGAGUCCAAAAAGCAUGCUCGUUGGAAACUCUGGUUCCUUUGAGUAAAACAUCAAGGGCUUUGGGAACAGCCUUUUCAUUGGGCACAUUAAUACCCCUGUUAUUCUCACAAUGAAGGAGGGAGUAUUCAGAGGGAGCAAUCAACAUAUGAGAAUGGAUAACGGCAGAAACCAGUUCAUUUGAGGUUCUGAGUUGAGACUGCACAUUAAGUCAGCUGGUGGACAGCAGAGACAAAAAAAUUUGAAUCCUGUCAAACCUUUUUCUGGCAUGUUUGCUGAAGAGGACCGACACACACCUGCAAAAACUAGAGCAUAUUGCUUGGCAACAAGAGGAGGCACCAUGUGGAGGUCCUUUUAUGAGUGAAGCUAUAAUGUUUGAAUGGACAUCAUCCCCACCUCCGGCAAAGCACAAACAUUUUACUAUUGGGAGGAAUAUGAGUAAAAGACUGAAAAACAGAACAGUACAUGGCAGUAUGUCAACCCUGUCAAUUCUUUCAUUUUCCGUCUUAUCUGUUAGCACCCCGCUCAGCCUGUUUGACUGAAUGUCUGCCUACCUUUGUACAAAACCCUGUGUAUUCUCUCCUGUUCUUCUUAUCUGUUAACAUCCUACUCAGCCUGUUUGACUGAAUGUCUGCCUAACUUUGUACAAAUCGCUGUCUAUUCUCUCCUCUUUCUUUUUAUCUAUUAAGAUCCUGCUUGGCCUACUUACCUGAACAUCUGCAUACCUUUGUUGAUAACACCUGUCUCCUCCCUCUUUUUGUAACUUAGUCUCUUUUAUUCUCUCCAUUUAGCUCACUGUGCAACCAAUCAACUAGCCAGCCAACUUUGCCUCAGUCACUGUGUCCUUUUCUGUUGGUCACACUCACACAUCAUUUUCAGAACUUAUAUUUUAGAAUAUCUGCAUCUGUUGAGCAAAGUACUCUGUAGUGACAUUUUAAAAUAUAUAUGUUUGGGCCCCUCCUCUUGCUGAAAAUGCAACAAGUCUUCUGGGUUUGGUCAGAUUUUUUUAACAACAUAUAUUAUGUUUUGACUUCUUCAAAAGACAGAAUGUUUUCUAUGAUCUUAAACAGUGUUUUGAAUUUCUAACAAAAAGUAAAGGCUAUUUUGACAUUUCUCUCUUCGAGUCCAUUAAGAGUUUGCAUUGCCUCUCAGUCACAUUGUGUCACAGCAAAGCUCCGAUGUGAAGUAUUGAACCCAAUUUAUUUUUAAGUGAUCUGUUUUAUGUCCAGUUAGCUAACACUUAAAGUGUUGUUCUGUAAUAUUGAUUUAUCUUGCCUUUCAACUGCAUGUUCCAUCUUGUAAAAUGAAACAACUUCUUUUUUUUUUCACAGAAGACAUCUGUCUACCAGCCCACACAAACAACUGUGCACUGAACUUGCAAGAGUAGAAGGGCUAUAUACAGUGCUAAAGGAGUAUGGUAGCAAUCUUACAGCAGAGAAGACCUGUAGCCAUCAGCUUUGGUUAAGAACAAAAAAACAAAACACUGAUGAUGUAGCAAUGAUAUUGAACUUCCACGCUGUAAUAAAGCAGGUAUUUACUGAAUUUAAAAGUAAUUUUAUAACAGCAGCUCUUACAUAUAUAUUAUGGCAUAAUUAAAUAUCCAAGAAAUGUCAGGAAAAUACAUACUGGCCUCCCAUCUUUAGACUACGCAGUAGAUUACAUUAUUCAGGUCACCAAUGUCCAAUUGUCCAUGCAAAGAUCUGUACCCUGAGAAAGUGCAAUUUAGUGAUUAUGUGCAAUAUUAUGCAUUUUUCUACUGUUUCUACGUCACAAUUAAAACAUU